AUGGCUACCAAUAAGAAGCCUAACAAAGAAAGCGCACUAAAAAAGAAAAAAUAUCCUGAAGACAGGAUUUUAAGCAGCGUCAAGGACUUUUACAUGCAAGGCGUGGCUGAACACUCAGACCAAGUUUAUGGGAUGAGCCGAUGGCCCGCUCAAGCAAAAGGCAAUGACACGGCAAGGAAAGCUCCAAAUCAGAAGUUGUUGCUGUGGGUAGAGACCUAG